AUGCCCGAUGGAAGUGACAUGACAGCGGCGAGCAGAAAACGUGCUGCAAGCACAACGCCACCAGCCAUCACAAAUUGGGGCUCUAGCUUGAGCAAUGGAGAGGAUCUAACCGACAGAAUAGGGAGGAUUUUAGGUCGAAUCGAGGACGAUCUCAAUGCUUCGGUCUCGGACGAUACAAUCCUGAUCUGCGGUCUAUAUCUGCUGCAGCAGGUGUCGAAAGACCCAGACCACGUGCUUACAGUGUCACGACAAGCCAUAGAGUCCUUCCACUUCCGGGAUGUACCUUCGCACUGGCGCAGACUGUACGAAGACGCGAGCUUGCAGAAAGCUGCUGCUCUUCUUCGUCGUCGAGCUGACGGGCUCUCCGCCACAGGAGAAGGGAAGCGUCAAGCAUGCAGAGUCUCAAGCCUUGCCUUUCGCAACGUUGGUCAAGAUGAUUGGUUGCAAGCUCUGGUUGCGGUGCUUGAUCAAGCAAUUAUGUUGACUGGAGCUCCCCGCCGCAAAACUACCUUCGAUGCCAUUUUCCAGUGUCUUGAUUCAAUCUGUGAUGAUCCUGGCAAGAACGACAUGCCAAAGCAAUUUGAUGUGCGCUUACCACAUCAGCUUGCUCUCAAAAAGCCCAUCUCGCUCGCCGGCAAAGCUCUAUCUCUGGGGUCGUUCGAAUCCUGGAUGCAGAAGGAGCGCACACCUUUGAUCAUCGCAGAUGCCUUUGAUCACUGGCCCGCCUGUCACAGAUGGCAAGACCCUAACUAUCUACUUUCUAAUACCUUAGAUGGACGCAGAAUCGUGCCAGUCGAGAUUGGUGAGAGCUAUACGUCUGAAGGCUGGACUCAGCGGACUAUGACAAUGAAAGACUUCGUGCUCCAGCACCUACUUCCUGAGCGCCCUGAAGCGAUUGGCUAUCUGGCACAAUACGACCUCUUUCAGCAGAUACCCACGCUAAGGGCAGACGUUUCGGUGCCGGAUUAUUGCUAUACUGAUCCACCGAAAGCCGAUUGUGAUGCUCUCAAGACGACCGGACUCUCGACUAUCGCGCUGGUCGACGAGCCGUUAAUGCAUGCUUGGUUGGGGCCCAAAGGCACAAAGACUCCUCUGCACACAGACCCAUAUCACAACAUAUUCUGUCAGGUCGUCGGCUACAAGUAUGUGCGUCUCUACUCACCUAGUGAGACCAGGCGUCUAUAUCCCAGGAGCGUGGACGAGUCAGGCAUCAGUAUGGAGAACACAUCCAGCAUUGAUGUUAACUUUCUUAGUCGAAGAAAGCCAGAAACUGAUGCUAGCAAGCUCAAGCUGUUCAGAGAGACGUUUCCGUUGUUCGCAGACGCCGACUAUUUUGAGGGCGUGUUGGGUCCUGGAGACAGUCUGUACGUACCUUUGGGCUGGUGGCACUAUGUGGAAAGCUUGACCACGAGCUUUUCUGUGAGCUUCUGGUGGAACUGA